AUGAUGUCCGAAGCCCCUUUCAAAGCUAUAUACAAAGUGGUCGAUGGACUCGAAAUCGACACUGAUGUAUACCUCCCAAGCGGAAGCGGUGGCUCAACCGGCGUCCCCGUAGUCAUCAACAUCCACGGAGGGGUCUUCAUGCUUGGCUCCUCGUCCAUGGUCAACAAUGACCAAAUCAACGACUGCCUCUCGCGGGGCUGGAUAGUAGUGGUGCCCAAUCACCGCCUAUGUCCGCAAGUCAACUUGCUAGAGGGACCUAUGCAAGACAGUCGGGAUCUUCUGGCUUGGAUAUACGACGGCGGUUUGCAGCGCGUCAUUGGUGAACAGUCGAAGCCUCAUCAGGUGGAUCUCGACCACGUCUUCGCCUUCGGGACUUCGUCCGGUGGUCAUCUGGCCCUAAGCCUUGGCUUCGAUGUCCCCCGUCCCGUAGCGGCCAUCUACGACAUGUACGGCUGCUGCAACUUCGCCUCCCCCUUCUGGAGCUCCAAAAUCCCGGCCGUACUCGCAAAACUGCCCCCCAACCUCUCCCAGGACUUCAUCAACCAAGUUUACACCGAGAGUCCCAUCCCCACCCAUGACGGCGUAUCGCUUGAAGGCCAGGCGCCGGGUCCCCCAGAUUUCAGCCGGUUCAGGCCAGCUUUUGUAUUUACACAAAUCGGCAACGGCACAGUCAUGGACGCUAUUUUCCCAUCCAAGGACUGGGAUAAAGUCGACCCUAUAAGAAACAUCAGCCCCGAGUUCCCGCCGACGUUCAUCGUGCAUGGCAUGAGCGACACUAUGGUCCCUAUCGGUCUGAGCCGGGAUUUUUUGGCCGAGUUGAGGAAGCAUGGCGUUCUGUGUGGCAUGAGGGAGAUUCCGGGCGAGGAACACACGUUUGCGGCACGUAUGAAGGUCGGUUCGCAGACGUGGGAAAUGCAGAAGGAGGGAUUCGACUUUUUGCAGAAAGUACUGGAAGAUAAAUGA